UAGACCCACGCGGUCCAUUACGUCAAAAACUAUGCAGAAAAAGAAUAUAAAAUAAAAAUAAAAAUAAAAUUAGUUACACAUCGACGCGAGAGCAGGUAAUCUAAACCCGGACGUGUUUGGAAAACAAAACCGGAAAUAAUAAACCGACGACAAGUCCGCGUUUGAGAGAGAGAGAGAGAGAGAGAGAGAGAGAGAACGAGCUGCUGGGGACGGACUGAGGAAAAGCCGAGACGUCCUUUGGUUUUCUGAAUCAUUUCCCAAACCCUAAUUCUUUAAUCCCGGAGGAACUCCCCCAAAUUUCCUGUGUAGUUUCUUUUUAUAUAAUUUAAUUCCUUCAUUUUGAUUGUCUCGUGCUCAUUUCCUUUUCUGGUUUCAUUCGAUCUCUCACGCCAGCUUGUAUGCGUAUGUUAAUUUAUGUUUGUUAAUGGGCACCGUUGGCUAGAAUUGAACUUGAUCAUUGUUGCUGAUUCUGGCGAGGCUUGCUUGGAGUGAUUACCGGGGGCAUGGAGAUAUCGUUGCUAAAAUCGCUUCUCAACAGCGUUAGUUGUUUUUUUCAGUUGUCUUCUUGUGAAGGCAUGAAAAGUGAACCAGUUCAGAAAUAUCAUGCAAAGAUUGAAGAAAUUCUGAAAUUGUUAAAGCCAACACUUGAUGCCAUUCUUGAUGCUGAUAUUGUGUCAGAUGAAAUGCGUCAAAGAGUAUUAUUUGAAGGACUUCUCCAAUCUGUUGAUGAAUUAAGAGAUAUAUACGAAAACUGGCAACCAUUGAUGAGUAAAGUUUACUUCGUUUUACAAGUCGAAUCACUUAUGUCAAAGAUUAAAACUCAUGGUUUGGAGAUUCUUGAGUUGCUGAAAUCUUAUGAUCAAGGGAUACCUGCUGAACUCAGUGCUGCAUCUCUUGAGCUCCGUGUACAGAAAAUCAAGCAUGUGGGAUCUGAAUCAACCUCAUCAAUAAUCACGGACGCUAUCAAGGAUCAUGUGGAGGGCUCUGGAGCUAGCUCAGAGAGCCUGGCAAAAGUUGCUGACAGCUUGGGCUUAAAUUCAAACCAGGAACUUCUGAUUGAGGCUGUGGCUCUUGAGAAAUUGAAGGAAAAUGCUGAACAAGCUGAAAAUACUGGUGAAGUUGAGUAUAUAGAUCAAAUUAUUGCCCUGGUCACUCACAUGCAUGACCUACUUGUUAUGUUGAAACAGUCCCAAACCUGCAAUCCCGUUUCAAUACCUGCUGAUUUUUGUUGUCCCCUUUCACUUGAACUCAUGACUGAUCCUGUUAUUGUUGCAUCUGGACAAACGUAUGAACGGGUUUUUAUAAGGAACUGGAUAGAUCUUGGGCUUACUGUUUGCCCAAAGACGCGGCAAACUCUAGCACACUCAAAUCUAAUUCCGAAUUAUACUGUCAAGGCGCUCAUUGCAAGUUGGUGUCAAUCAAACAACGUGAAGCUGCCCGAUCCAACAAAAUCCAUUCACUUAAACCAGCCUUCUUCACUUCUUGCAAAUGCCGAGCCUGGUGUUGUUAGGAGGGUUAAUAAUUCUGGCACACCAGAUAGGUCUCUAGGUUCUGCAGGUUCAGUUCCAUCUAUUGCAGUCAAAAGAGACAGAACAUCUCCAUCUCCUCCUCAUUCAUUGUCUGAGGAUUCUUUAGCAGAAGCUACUGUAAAUGGACAUGUGUUGGAUGCAGAACGAGUGUCCCCUAGAAGCUCCGAUGACAGGUCAGAUCACUCAGGCGAGAGAAGUUUGAAUUUGGGUGGUCUAACCUUGAAUUCUCCUUCUAGAAAUGGUGGAGCUGGCGUUGAUGACUCAUCACAAGGGCAUAACCGAACCAAUUCAGCCUCCAGCACAGUUUCUAACUCUAACAUGUCACAAGGAACUGCAGCUGAUGGCAAUGAAGUGGCAUCACAUGCUUCUGCAUACGUUAGUGAUACUUCUGGUGAACUUGCAACAGAGCCCCGAUCUGCUGCUACCUUAAACCCUCCCACAAGAGAACACAGUUUCCCAUCUAGGCUAGAGACAAGACCUCGUGGUGCAAUGUGGCGAAGGCCAUCAGAUAGAUUUGCUCCAAGGCUAGCCUCCACACCUACUGUUGAAAUGAAAGCCGAACUUUUAGAAAUUGAAACUCAAGUCAAAAAGCUGGUCGAGGAUCUCAAGAGCAGUUCACUGGAUGCGCAGAUAAAGGCCACGUCCGAUAUCCGGUUACUGGCUAAGCAUAACAUGGAAAAUCGAAUAGUGAUUGCAAAUUGCGGGGCCAUCAAUGUGUUGGUCAAUCUACUCCGAUCCACAGACAUGACAGUGCAAGAAAAUGCCGUAACUGCCCUUCUCAACCUAUCGAUCAACGAUAACAACAAGAGUGCCAUUGCGAAUGCAGAUGCAAUCGAGCCCCUUAUUCAUGUUCUCGAGACUGGGAGUCCCGAAGCUAAGGAGAACUCUGCUGCUACUCUCUUUAGCCUCUCCGUAAUUGAAGAGAACAAAAUCAAGAUCGGAAGAUCCGGUGCUAUUCAGCCACUAGUUGAUUUACUGGGUAAUGGAACCCCUAGAGGCAAGAAAGAUGCAGCCACAGCUCUAUUUAACCUUUCGAUCAAUCACGAGAACAAGACACGUAUUGUCCAAGCGGGUGCGGUGAAACACCUUGUGGAGUUGAUGGACCCUGCUUUUGGGAUGGUUGAUAAAGCAGUAGCUGUUUUGUCUAAUCUUGCCACUAUUCACGAGGGGAGGGCUGCGAUUGGUCAGGAAAGAGGAAUUCCGGUUUUGGUUGAAGUUGUUGAGUUGGGCUCUGGGAGAGGAAAGGAGAAUGCAGCUGCUGCUUUACUGCAAUUAUGUACUAAUAGUAGUAGAUUUUGCAAUAUGGUUCUUCAAGAAGGUGCUGUUCCUCCUUUGGUGGCACUGUCACAAUCCGGUACACCAAGGGCUAGAGAGAAGGCUCAACAACUUCUGGGCUACUUUAGAAACCAACGCCAUGGUAAUGCAGGGCGAGGCUGAGUUGAUCGUGCGUUGGCAUAUAUUCGAACUGAAAGUGGCGGCAUAUACUGGGGCAGAAAAAAAACGGUAAUUAGUGUGUAAAUUGUUUGGAGCAAACGACCAAAUUCGAGAUUCUGCAUCUUUGCCAUCGUUUUGGUUCCUUUUUUUUUUUUUUCUUUUUUUUUCUUUCCAUUAUACUAUAUUGAAAGCAAAAUAUUAAUUUGUGGGAGGUGGAGUUCCGACUUCCGGAGUCAUUCGAGUAAUACACCUUGUUUUUUCGUUUGUAGAAAUAAGAUAAUACAUGUAAGUUUCUGUCUGUAGAGUCUUGAAAUGUGAUUGACAAAGUUUGAAGUUUCGCCGAGAAUUUCGACAUUUGCAGGGGUGUAUUGCAAAACCUGCUUGGACAGCUUUUUUUCACUUUGUAAUUGCUCUCUGUUCUGU